AUGGAGCUAUCGGAUAUCUUUCGCAUUGUCAACUUGGCCGUCGGUGCCAUCACCGUUCUUGGCGGUGUCUUUGGCUUCUUUGGUGGCGGAUUGCGCGCCAUUGUCCUCAGCAUCUACAUGAUAAUCUUUGGUCUUUCCAUUGGUCUCCUUGAGUUCCAGAUCCCUCCCCAGGUCUCUCGUUACGCCAACUUUCUUUUCUCCUUUGUCGGCCGUGGUGUUUUCUACGUCUUUCUUGGCUGCCUCCUCCUUGGCACAAAGAUCAUCAGCAACAUCGCCGGUGGUGUUGUUGGUGUCAUCGGUAUCGCCUACAUUGCUCUCGAGUUUGUGCCCUCCAUCGAGCCCCCUGCCAACAUGCGUGAGGCCGACGCCUCUGGCUGGGGCGCCGAGCAGGUUUAG